AUGGUACCGCUUGGGUACUCGCCCCUGCACAGCCCUGUCCCUAGCCAGAGCCAGGCCUUCACCUUCCCCUCAUUGCCCCAGAGCCCCGCCAUGUCUCAUGCUGGGUCCCUGAUCCCACUCCCAUCCGCGGCACCAACACCGAUCACCAGCCGUAGUUCUGGCCACCCGGCCCAAGGUCCUGCUGCUGCUGCUGCAGCUGCUGCUCCCGCUCCCGCCCUCAUGCCUGUCCCCGGCCCCAUUGGCAGAAUGCCUCGAGAGCGCCACACCCGAGCUGACUCCGUGUCCACCAGUGCGCCUGGCGGCGCCGGUCCUCCCAGGCCAACACUAGAAGGCACGCAACCGUUCUUGGAGCGCAUCGUGGGUGAGGUUGCUUUCCAGCUGGACCGACGGAUCCUCUCCAGCAUCUUCCCAGACCGGGUCCGUCUGUACGGCUUCACAGUCGGCAACAUCCCAGAUAAAAUCAUGCAGAGUGGAAACGACCUCCUCUGCCCGGUGACUGAGGAGCAACGCAAGGGUAUGAUGGAGCGCUAUGAAGACAUCAUGAACCGGCUGAAGCCCAAGGGCUAUGACGCGAACUACCACCCACAGCUCACCGAAUACAUCGUGAACACCUUUGGGAUCCUACGGGAGCGGCCGGACACCACCAAGACCGGGGGGGACUUCUACAACGACGUCAGCUACCUGCAGGAGGUGGUGGAGAACGUGGUGCCCGUGGACAAGAGGGCGGACUGCCUGGUGCUGCUCCGCUGCCUCCAGAUGCUCUCCCAGGCUGAUGGGAAGCCCCUCUUCAUCUGGUGAACCCGCCGGCUUCCCUCCUCUCCCUUGUUGAUCCACCUGCGCUGGCAA